AUGGCUGGUCCAUCUAAUGCAAAAGGAUCAACUUACAUUCAAGUAGAUGUUCAUUACGAUGGAAUGUUUUCCCCCAUUCCUCAUCUUAUAUACUACCUGAAUCAAAAAACGUCAAUUACAGAUGUCGAUUUUGGUGGAUUAAAUUUCAAGGAGUUCAUUCAUGUUCUUGAGGAUGUCACAAAGGGGAAGUGUCCUGUUGUCUACUACUGUCUUGGGCAUAAGUCAAUGCGUGAUGGGUUGACACCACUGAAAAACGAUGAUGACUACAGGAGGUUUCUUGAUGUUGCACAUGGUAACGAGGGAAAGAUUAAUGUAUAUAUUGAUCACUACAACGAUUCGGUGCUUGACUGGAUAGAGGAAGAAAAGGAAGAAAAAAAUGUUGAUAGUGAAAGCUCUGAUGAAGAUAAAGACUCGGUCAUGUCUGAUGCUCUAUCUGUUGAUCAUGAACCCGAUGAAGAGGUAAUACCAUUGACUAAAUCUGAUGAUCCCUUUCUUAACUAUAUUAGUGUUGUCCCUAGAGAUGAGUUUGUUGAUGAGGAUGAUGAUUCAGAUAAUGGAACCAAAGAAGCCCCAAUUUACCCUUAUCAUGACUCAACUCAGAAAUGGGAUACAAUGCAACCCAUCCUUGGUAUGAGGUUUUGUAACCCUCAAGAACUUAAACAGCUUGUCUCAAACUAUGCAGUAGCAAACGGUUUUAACCUUUGAGGUGAGCUUCUUUCAGCUGUAGGUAGAGACGCUAACAACCAUAUUUACCCCAUUGCUUGGGCAGUAGUUGCAGUUGAGAACAAAGAAACUUGGAAGUGGUUUCUAAACUUACUACUUAAGGACAUUAACAUGGGAAAUGGGGCAGGAUUAACCUUACUUUCUGACCAACACAAGGGUCUUAUUGAGGCUGUUAAAGAAAGAGUACCAGAUGCUGAGCAUAGGCAAUGUGCUAGGCACGUCUAUGCUAAUUUCAAGAAAAAAUUUAAGGGUGCUGCAUAUAGGAAGCUGUUUUGGAGGGCUGCAAAGGCCACAACUGUGCAGAGAAAGAAAAUAGUGGACAAGAGGAAACAUCUAAGGUAUUGGUAUGUAAUUCCCAGUGGAGUGCAACAAUUUGAGGUGAGCAUCUGUAGAGAACCAGGACACAACAAAAUAACAUGUCCAUUGUCCAAAGAAGGACCAAGUACUAAAGCCAAAAAGAAGAAGGGUAAACAUGUUCCUGAUGUUGAGGAUGAGUCUGAAUUUGAGAUUGAAGAGAUGGAUGAAGUUGAAAAUGAGUAUGAAUCUGAGUCUGAAUCUGAGAUUGAAGAGCUGGCUGAAGAUGGUGAUGAACCUGAUCAGGGACAAGUUGAUGAACAAGUUGAAGCUGCUGUUGAACCUGCUGUUGAAGCUGUUGUUGAACCUGAUGAACAAGUUGAAGCUGUUGUUGAACCUGAUCAGGAACAAGUUCAUGAACCUGAUCAGGACCAAGUUCAUGGACCUGUUGUUGAGGAACCUGCUGCACAACCCGUUGUUGAAGUUGAACAAAGAGCACAACCAUUGAAGAGGAAAAGGAAAUACUCAGAGAGGAUCACUAAAGUGGCAUUAAGUAGGGUGGUCAACACCAAGGAUGGAUGUGGUUUAAGUGUGAAUAAACCUGUUACACUGGAAUGA